AUGCCCGGCUCGUCCGAGAUGAUCAAUUUAGUUCUCUCCGCAACGUAUGCCAGUAUUUUGAUUUGGGGCUCGGGAAAAUACUCAACUACCUUUCACCUGGCUCUUGCCGGAGCCCUUUCCGGUACCCUAUUAAUUGGGUUACACAUAGCGCACUAUGUUAUAUACCAGAAUGUCACCAAAGCGCCGUCUCCUGAUCAGAUUCAAGUCUUUGGAUUAAUUAUCCAGGUUCUUGGCUUUCUGCUCCACCCUCGACAACCGGAUGUCUUCGUCGGACAUGCCCGGGCAGGUCGAUUAAGGACAACAAGCGCAGCUGCUUUGCUGACUUUUUCAUGGGAAAGCGAUGUUUUUGAAACUUAUAAAUCUCAAGACAUUUCUAUAUCAGACUUGCCAUUACUUGACUCAUCUCUACAGACAGGUGGCCUUAUGGAUAGGCAUCCCAUCUACAAUCCCAACGGAAGGCUCUGGAUUUGGCUCUGGAAGGCAUUCCACAUGCAGCUCGUGCAACAAUGGUGCCUUGCCUUUCUCAGGUCAUCCACUCAAAUGCUUCCCCAGUAUAUUCUAUUCUGUCUUCUUCAUGCCUUAGAGGGCGACUCCACGAGAAACGAGGGCUUGAUAAUCGUCUAUGCCAUCUCAUACGGGCUCAGCCUCAUGGUUGAGCUUUGGGUUGGGCAGGUGCUUCAAUGGUUCACCAUGGCUCAUUUCCAGAUUCCUCUGCAAGCCGUAUUAAGCUCUCUUGUAUAUCGGAAAACGCUCAAGUUACCUAAUGUCGCGGAGUCACAGGAGGAAUUGCCAGUACAAAAUGGCACAGCGAAAGGAAUCCCACCUAGUUCACUCAAAUCGAUUGACAAUCAUUUACAAAUGGAUACUGGUCGACUUUCUGUAAUUUGCGGCAACAACGUCCAAGUUCCCCAGUCCAUUGCCAAGCUAGUCCUCACAACUACCGUUGUAGCACGACUCAUUGGGUGGAAUGGUCUCAUUAUCGGCAUUGCUUGCAUGUGUCUCACCAUGGCACUUAGCUCAAGGCUCUCCAGCUCAUACGCCAAGUACUAUUUCGGAUUGAUGAAGUAUCGCGACCAACGGUCCAACUUACUCUCGGAGGCUUUGCAGGGCAUCAGACACAUACGCCUUGGCGCUUACGAAGAGCAUUGGGAAAAUAGACUGCUAGAUGUGCGACAUGAAGAGAUGAAAGAGUUAUGGCGCAGUAACAUACCAAUGUGUCUGCUUGUCAUCAUUGCCAACCUUGGCCCCUUGGUACUUGGCGUGCUACCCAUUUCUCUCUAUGCGCUUCACACCGGCUCUUUAUCGGCAUCCGUGGCAUUCACUACUAUUGGAUUGUUGGAGAAGCUUCAUAGUAGUCUUUCUGUACUACCAUUGACUUGGACGUAUCUGCUUGAAUGCCGGGCAAGCUGCGAACGACUGGAGGCCUUCCUGAGGCUGCCAGAGAGAAAGGUAGCGACUACAAAAUCGGAAACGAUUUCAUUCGAUAAUGCAGUUGUAUCAUGGUCUGGCCAACGAGUAGAGAAUCAAAAACCUGCCUUCUCCUUGAAGAUACCGAGUGUCAGCUUUCCCAAGGGCAAACUUUCUCUGGUGACCGGUGGUACAGGAUCGGGCAAGAAUCUCCUGCUGUGCUCCAUCUUAGGAGAAACAUCACUCGUAUCUGGAGUUCUCAAAUGUCCCGUUGACGCCAUCUCAUCCGAUAACAGCUCGCCUUACAUUGCAGUUGUCUCUCAGCCGCCAUGGCUAGAGCGAGCAUCUGUGAGGGAUAACAUUCUGUUCGGCUCCUCAUAUAACGCAAUAAACUACAACAUGGUACUCAAAGCAUGCUCUCUGGACAGAGAUAUUGCAGGUUUCCCAGCGGGCGACAUGACUGAUGUCGGACCCAAGGGUACUUUACUUAGUGGCGGGCAACGCUGGCGAGUCUGUUUAGCUAGGGCGCUCUAUUCCGAGGCAGAAACCAUUAUCAUGGGUGACAUUCUGUCAGCUAUUGACCCUGAAGUUCGGAAACAGGUUCUGGAGCAGGCGCUCUGUGGAGAGCUCACCCGAGGACGGACCAUAAUUCUGGCAACUCAUCAUGAUGCCAUGUGCAGGCCGUACGCCAGUUUCUCUGUAUACCUUUCAAACGGCCAUGUGAUGGCAACUGAGUCAAUAUCAGGGACUAUUCCCGGUAUCAGAGAUUUUACAAAGAUUGAUAACCAUCUGCCUUCGCCUGAAGCAGAUGUUGAUGGUACGAGUAACAGUAAUAAGCACCACAGAGUUGAAACCGAGAGCCUCAAGCAAACAGACCAACAGUUCCAGAAAGAAACAGCGACCACUCUCGGAAAGUAUAUAAGUGCAGGUGGCUUCCUUGGUUGGGCAGCCGUGAUUGCAGUCAUUCUAGUGACAGAAGCGGCUUCAAUUAGCAAAGAAUGGUGGUUGAAGCACUGGACUGACACUGUCGCCCCAGAUCCAAAUGGACUCAGUAGAGGAGAGAAUGAGCACGGUACGCUCACUACCACAAACUCAACUAUCUACUAUAUCUGGGGCUACUUAAUCGUGUCAGCCACAGGAGCUCUGAUGUUGGGCGUGAAAUGCCUCGCCGUCUACAUCAUCGGAGACAGAGCAUCAACAACAAUUUAUCGCAAAAUGGUACAUUCAUUGCUACGAUCAUCACUAGACUGGAUUGAAACCGUUCCUCGAGGAGAGGUUCUCAAACGAUUCACUUCUGACAUGAUCACCAUUGACUUGAGGCUGCCGACAAAUCUUGGUGCAGAAAUAGAGUAUGGUUCCAAGUUGAUGAUGAUCAUUGCGACUGGGGUAUUUAUAACACCAUAUACAGGUGUUUGUGCUGUCUGUCUCUUGCUAGCUUAUUGGAGGGUUUCCCGUCGCUGUAUGCCAAUUGCCCAACAACUCCAAAGGCUUAAUUCCACUGCUCUAUCCCCGUUAUAUAGCCAUCUUCAUUCGACAUUGGCCCCAAACGGCCUCCUCGUCAUCAGAACUUUUGGACGGACCCGAGAUUACAUCAACCACAUGGACAAGCUGAUUGAUGAUUCUACACGAGCAGCUUGGUACAGCUGCCUCUGCUCCAGAUGGAUGGAAAUGCAAACCGGUACACUAGGUGUGAUAUUCCAGACGGCAAUAGCACUCGGAGUCGUUUCUGGCCAUCUAAAUGCGGGUUUAGCUGGGUUUGCAUUAGCUGUUGCGCAGAAGUUUUCUGCAACAAUCGACUUCCUCAUACGAAAGGCGAUAGUGAUUCAAAAUGACCUCGGAGCCGCCAGUCGUGUAGCUGAAUACAACCAGCUGCCGGUUGAAUCUCAGAACGGCCAAGAAGUCGCUGACGACUGGCCGCAGCAUGGAGAGAUUGUCGUCCAAGACCUUACCAUACGUUACGGAGACUUGCCUCCGGCAUUAAGAAACAUCAACUUCUCUGCAGAUCCCGGCCAACGCAUCGGCAUAGUCGGCCGAACGGGUGCAGGUAAAUCGACUCUAGCUCUUGCUUUCUUUCGUGUGCUAGAAGCAAGAUAUGGAAGUAUUGUAAUUGAUGGCGUUGACAUUUCCACGGUGAAGCUAAAGGACCUCCGCAGCCGGAUCUGCAUCAUCCCACAAGAUCCGUUCUUAUUCAGUGGCACUUUACGCAGUAACCUCGAUAUGCUAGGCCAAUUCUCCGAUAAAGAACUUUUAAACUCGUUGAAACAAGUUCAACUUGACAUGCCUCUUGAUAGCACUAUUUCAACAGGCGGGUCUAAUAUAUCACAAGGGCAGAGACAACUGGUCUGCUUGGCUAGGGCGCUGCUUGCCAGGCCGAAGAUGCUCAUUUUGGACGAAGCUACAAGUGCGAUAGACAUGAAAACCGACGCUGUUUUGCAGAGAGUUGUGCGGGAGCGCUUUCCCCAUUGUACCAUGAUUAUCAUUGCCCAUCGCCUAUCGACGGUUGUGGACUUUGACAAGGUUGUCGUUCUCAGUGAUGGCAAAGUUGUGGAAACUGGGAGACCAGUGGAAUUAGCUCGCCGGGGUGGUAGGUUUUGUGAUUUGCUUGACAGUAGCUCUGACAGACAAGGGCUAUACCAGCGUCUAAAGGAUGUUCAAUGA